AUGUCAGAACAACAAUAAAAUAACAAUGAAAACGAUACUAAUAGAGUUAUUCGUGUAUAUGCUGAUGGAGUAUAUGACGGAUUUCAUUUUGGUCAUGCUUAAUAACUUGAAUAAUGUAAAAAACUAUUCCCUAAUGUACAUUUGAUAGUAGGAGUUGCUGACUAAGAAGAAACUGAAAAAUAUAAAGGAGCAACUUUAAUGAAUGGUUUAGAACGUACAUUAAGUGUUAAACAUUGUAAAUGGGUAGAUGAAGUAGUAUAUCCUUGUCCAUGGAUUAUUAAUUAAGAAUUUAUUGAUUAAAAUAAAAUCGAUUAUGUAGCUCAUGAUGUAGCUCCUUAUUCUAGUGGAGGGACAGAUGAUAUUUAUGCUUUUGUUAAAAAAAUAGGAAAAUUUAAAGAAACAUAAAGAACUGAUGGAAUUAGUACUUCUGAUUUGAUUAUGAGAAUUCUUUAAAAUAGAGAUGUUUAUACUUUAAGAAAUUUAAAAAGAGGGUAUACUAGAGAAUAGUUAGAUAUAUAGAUUAUAUAUUUAAAGUGA